AUGUUUAAUUUUUUUUUUUUUUUAGCAAUUGUGAUUUUUGAUCAAAUCCUCGUAUCUCCAAUACAUGCUUUACAAAUUAAUGAAAAAAAUAGCACAAAAUGGUCACCAAUUACAGCAUUUCAAAAAGUGAAACGUUUACCGGACGAAAGCUCACUAGAUCCCGUGUCGAACGCAGACGAUGAAACUCAGAGGUCGGUCCGAAAAAGCGCUGUUUUAUACAAUAAAGCUGACAUAACAACAACUACUCAACCAAGUAAUAUUGUUGCAUCACUUUUCCGACUAAACGAGGAAGAAGGUAAUACGUGUAUUUUAUUGAGGGUAGAUGCGGUCAUUGAAGUAAAGUUCAAAACUAAACUAGGUUCUGAAGACCAAACUGAUCUGUAUGUUCCUGACGAUGCAGAAGUUACUGGGGAUUGCAGCAAUGAGGAUGAUGCAACAUUAAUACUCAAAUGGAAAAAUUUUGUCUUUACUUGGUACUUUACAAAGACUCUUGGAGGUGAAAGAUGGUUUGUCAAGGCAUUGGAACUCGAGAUUAACACCGCUGAUAAACAUUUUGACCAUAUUAAAACCAAAGAUAAAAUUGUACGCUUGUCAACAGUAUCCAGUUAUGGUACACUGCUGUUUAUGACACCUGUAGGGCAGUCAUAUUCGUGUCAAAAAGAAAUUAGCGUGGUAUUGAGUGAUCAAAACGUACCUACGAUGAAAGGAUACGUAUUGCUCAGAGCAUUUACUGUACAGCCGUUCAUAUUUAAAAACAAUGAAUUUGGACCAGCUUACCAGUGUUCGUCGAUCGGAGCCGGUGCCAUGCGAAACGAAACCGUACCAUUCAUAUUUGGCAUCACUCUAGCAGCCGUCGCUGUACUUACGGUUGGUGGGUAUGCGGUUUUCAGACACUUCAAAAUCAAGAAAGUCCAGUACGAUACGAUGGAAUAA